UGGAAAGUACCGGUGUUUCCACAGAACAAACAUGGGCUCCAAAGAGAAGACUUACAACCCCUGGGACCCCACCAUGACAUUCGUGGACAGGGAGGAUGAGCUGGACUUUGAGUGCAUCGGAUACACGUCCCCACGCGCCCUCAUGUCCUGUGGUCACGCGGUCACACCCAUGUCUCUGACCAGCUGGUGUCGUCGGCUGUUGGAAGAGGGUCAGUAUAAAUUUGUGUGUGGCCAUCCAAACUGUAAAGAGUGGUCAUAUGAGGAGGUUCGCAAGAUGGCUCUUCUGACCCCUGAGGAGACAAAAUACUUUGAAAAUCAGCUGUUUGAAAAUGCUGCCAAGAGUUACAUGGAUGUCAAAUGUUGUCCUGGGUGUAACUAUGAAACAGUGAGAACCAACUGUGGGAAUCUGUGUGUCAAAUGCACAGUGUGCACGGUGGUGAAGAAAAGGGAUUUUCACUUCUGUUGGCAGUGUCAGAAGGAGUGGACGGGUUCUGUCCGUUCUGUCUCAGACCACUGUGACAACAGAGGAUGCACCAACGAGCAGCUAGAACUGCUGAGAACCUGUAAGGAGAUCACCUUCCAAGAUGUGAAGGGCGUCACUGGAUGUCCCACUGUCCGUGCAUGUCCCACCUGUGGUGAACUGGUGGAGCAUAACACCACAAAAUGCAAAAAUAUAGUCUGCAGCCAGUGUAAGGUGGAGUUCUGCUUUAUCUGCUUGAAACUCACUACAGAGUGUUUGCAGACAAGCAGACAUUUUCAGCCAUGUUCCAGUGGGGUGGCCCCCAGACAGACCUCCAUACCAGUGAGGUCCAGUAAAUAAUAUAAACGCUGUCAGACUUAGAGUUAAUUUGUUGAAAAUAACAGAACUUCUCUUAUGUGUGGUUAAGUAAUGUAAACAACAGUACUACUUAUGUGUACUAUAUAUUAUUCCUCUUUUUUUUUUUUUAUCAUUGUAGACUUUUAAUAUCAUUACAUUUAUGCAGACAACACAUACUUCACAACCAUAUUAAGACACAUAAGUAUAAGCAGCAACUGUGGUAACAUCAUUGUAACAUCCUUUCUUGUAACUUAUUCAUGACAAUAAAAUGUGUUCUUAUAUAAAAAAUAUCCUGCACAGAAGAAUGAUGAGAAUAGAACAAGUAGGACCAAGGGUCCUGUAGUCCAACAGCAUAUUUAAAGACAUCAAUUGACAUUUGUUUGACCUUUCAAGGUAACUCAAGGUCAAAGGUCAUGGCACUAAAUGAAAGCCCAUAUGUGACAUCCUA